AUGGAAACCAAAUCCAAACCAAAUCCACAAUCACCCUCAAAUUCUCCUCAACCCAAGUUCCUCAAAACCCCAUUAGCCGAGCCCACCGCCCCCAAUUUUCCUGACGACAUCAUCGCCGAGAUCUUAUCAAGACUCCCCGUCAAAUCCCUCCUCAGAUUCAAACGCGUCUCCAAGUCAUGGCGCGCCCUGAUCUCCGGCGACCAAUUCGUCCGGGACCACCUCAGAAUCUCGAAGGACGGCCCCAAUUUCACCGGCCAAAAAAUCAUCACGACCAUUUUGCUGCCGUCCGGCGGCCUGAAGCAGGUCGAUCUGCGGACAUUGCUACAUGGGCCCCACGCCGAUGCGACUGAAUCCAGGUUUCCUAUGAAGAAUCCCGGAAAUUCGUUUCGGAUCGUCGGCUGCUGUGACGGGCUCGUCUGCCUCGCCGUCAACGGGUUCUCUGUCCCGAAUAGAUAUCAAAUUAUGGCGAAAGUUUACAGCUUGAAAGCCGAUUCUUGGAAAAAAGUCGAGAUCUUUAACCACGGGCUCCAGACCGAUGAUGGCGCGAAAUUCGUCGGUGGGAAGCUGCAUUGGGGGAAGAAAGCUGGGCUGAAUUGGGAAAUUGUUUCCUUCGAUUUAGCAACCGAGACUUUGGGGAAAGUUGAGCUGCCGUUUGGUUUCGAGGGCUUUUUUCCCACAUCGUUGGGGAUUCUCGGCGGGUGCCUUUGUGUGCUUCGUGAUUUUCGCGAAAUGAAUUUGGAUGUUUGGGUUUUGAAGCAUUAUGGGGUGGUGGGAGAUUCUUGGGUUAAAAUGGCGAGUAUUCAUUAUGAUAUACAUUGUGUUCUUAGGAAAGGGCCGUAUCCGAAGCCCUUGUGUGUGGGGCCCACGGGCGAGGUCUUGUUUGUUUGUGGUUCGAGUUUUGUGAUUUGGGAUCCGAGUGGCGGAGGUAGAUUUAGGUGUCCCGAGGCAACGAAAUUUGGUCCUUUUGUUGAGGCGGAUGUUUAUACGGAGAGUUUAGUCUCGUUCGAUCAUUAGAGAGUAAAGCUACGUGUGAAGAAACAAAAUGAAAAUGGUAUUCGACUUUCGAAAUUGUUGCAUGAUGUGCUAAUGUUGCGAUGGAUCGAGGAAUAGCUCCUUCGGCCGAACACAACUGAGAAAAAUUAUGUUCUCUACCGUGAAUUAUAUUGUAUUGUACUUGAUUAGUAUAAUUGGCUUAUGCUCUCCUUGAAUUAGUUUUCAUGUUCAUGACAUCUCUAUUAGUCUAUUAUGGAACAUUUCAACCUACCGG